AUGACUUCAUUGGUACAGGGAUUUAUCGAGAAUCUAGCAGAGAACUACGCUUCUGACAAAUGGAACGAUUACGCGGGUGAACGCUUUCAGCCAACCAAAGAUCCUUUUUAUGAAGUAUUACCGGAGGGCAAACGCAAAAGACGCAAACUGCCUGAGUACUGCUCACCGCGCGAGAAAAAGCUUUGGAAGAAACUGCAAAAUCGGGCCUGGAAGGAUGAUAGGUGUUUAUGUGGAUGUUUAUGGGUGAACUGGGGUUUGGGACUCGCUCCCAUGCUGUCCAUAAUUCCGACAAUCGGGCCUAUCAUUAUGUAUUCAGUUCAUUCUAAACUGAUCUCCAUGGCAGACAGAGAGCUGGCUUUGCCGGCAGAACUGGUCGCAAAGAUGCAUGGAAACAUCUUGUUGGAUCUGUUAAUCUCGCUGCCACCGGUACUUGGCGUCAUUUUUGCGUGGAUGAAUGCAUGCUCGACCCGCAAUUGCGCCAUGAUUUACAAUCACCUUGCUAAAAAGGCUAUCAAUAGUCAUAAUGCAUAUCUACAACAGCAAGCUCAACAGCCUUCACCAGCUGCCCCUCGACCCAACACUGCAAUCCGGCCUAAUACUGCAACGGCUGCUACAAUGCCACCAGCUUCAUCAAUGCCACCACAGUCUACGAAUUCCUACAAAACCAGAAGUGAUCCACGUAUGGCACCUCGAAGACCUCCCCCAGUCCACUAA